AUAGCCUCAUAGGACAGGAGAAGGAAGGAAGGAAGGUAGGUGGUAUAGAAAGUAAGACUCGAACUGGGAAAGCUCUUCUCUGGUUAUUAGUAAUUUCUCCGAUCUUGCGCUCUUCCUUUUGCACGGUAUCCAGAAGAAAAAAGGAUAAUAGGCUUUCCUCCGAGUCUUGUGUCUCCUUUUAUCUGUUCUUGCGCUCUAUAUCUAGGGUUUCUGAUCACUCAUUCACUUCCAAACGCCAGAUUCAGAGUAAGAUACUCAAAAUACCAGAUUUCGAAGAAAUAUUCUGAAUUAUUUUUCAGUCUAGAAUCAUGGAGGCUGAUUCUUGGAGUGGUCGUCUUUCCGCCGCCUCAAAACGUUAUCAAGCAGCUCUCCAAUCGCGUUCGGAUCUUUACAUGGGGUUUGAAGAGAUCGACGGAGAUGAAGAUACACGACCGGAGUUUUCCUGCCCUUUCUGUACGGAGGACUUUGAUAUUGUUGGAUUGUGCUGUCAUAUCGAUGACGAGCAUCCACUCGAGGCGAAUAAUGGGGUAUGCCCAGUUUGUGCAAUGAGGGUAGGAAUGGAUAUGGUUGGACACAUUACUACACAACAUGGACACUUUUUUAAGAUGCAGCGCAAGAGGAGAUAUCGUAAAGGGGGGUCUCAUUCAACCCUUUCAUUGUUAAGAAAAGAGCUGCGGGAAGGGAAUUUACAAUCCCUUCUUGGGGGUUCUUCUUUUGUAGUUUCUUCCUCCAAUACUGCACCUGACCCGUUGCUUUCCUCGUUCAUGUAUAAUCUGCCUGUUGGUGAUGAAUCAGAAAGCUUACAGCCUCAUUCUUCAGCUGAAGCAAGCUCUGCCAAGAAAAGUUCAGAGGAGACUUUGGUGGUAGAAAGUAGUGUCCAAUCAUCACCUCCCCUAUCGGACAAAGAACAAGAAGAGAAGGCUCAGAGGUGCAAGUUUGUACAGGGGCUGCUCAUGUCCAUGAUUCUUGAUGAUGAUUUAUGAACUAUGGCAGCAAAGUAACUGAGUUUUAGGUCGGCAACUCGAUAGCUCCACCAUUAAUGGUGUGUAUUUGGUCGAUGUGCCUAAUUUGUAAUGCAGGGAUAUAGAUAAGAGAGCGUGGAAAUGUAAUCUAUUUAUAAGUGGUAGUUAACAUAACGGACUCUCACUUCCCUGUUCUAUCGAAAGUUAUUGUGCAUAAAGGAAAGAAAAAAGAACUCAAAUCGUGUGUCAUUUCUUUUCUGAACUUUGUAAGUAAUAAAAUUGCAUAUUAACUUGGUUUUACGA